AUGUCAUCCAACGUCGGCUUACAACUCGAUGAAAUAGCAAAAUACAUUGAUCGAAUGAAGGAGCAGAAAAGGACUACAGAAAAAUGCAUUGAGGAUAUUGAGAGAGACAAAUCAGGGCUCGAAGAACGAAUUGAGGAAAUGAAGCGUAAAAGAGAUGAGUUAGAUGACAGGUUGCGCGUGGAACAAGAGAGGCUUCUUCGACAAGAACGCACCAUUCGACAAGUAUGGCUCUAUAUUUUUUGUUUCUUGAUUUUUUUUUCUUGA